GGUUGAAGAGACCGUUCGAACCAGCAAGCAGAAAAGCUAUUGGUUGGCUCUGGAAGCUCGAGGAAUCCUCAUUCAUCCGCUUGGCGUUGCUUCGUGGUUUAUUGUUUCUCUCCGUUUCGAAAUAGAACAGGGAAAAGUCACCGGCGACAUGGCAGGAGGAAAGGCUGGAAAGGACAGUGGUAAAGCUAAGGCAAAGGCUGUUUCUCGCUCCCAGAGGGCUGGACUCCAGUUCCCGGUGGGUCGUAUCCACAGACACCUGAAAACCAGGACCACCAGCCAUGGCAGAGUGGGAGCCACCGCAGCCGUCUACAGCGCCGCCAUCUUGGAGUACCUCACCGCUGAAGUGUUGGAGUUGGCAGGGAACGCCUCCAAGGAUCUGAAGGUGAAGCGUAUCACUCCACGUCACUUACAGCUGGCCAUCCGCGGAGAUGAGGAAUUGGACUCGCUCAUCAAGGCUACCAUCGCUGGAGGAGGUGUGAUCCCUCACAUCCACAAGUCUCUGAUUGGAAAGAAGGGCCAACAGAAGACUGCAUAGAGGAAGUGACCUCCCACAUCACCAGGAAGGAAUGGGCAGCCAUGUUCAUUUUGUUUCUCAUAUUUUUGGGGGGGAAAUUUUGUAACCAUAGUUGUAGUCUCUCGAGGGAGAUGUGUAGUCUUUGAGGUAUGUGUUGAUUUGUACUGUUUUAAAGGGGUGUGUUUUAGGGUAGGGUUUUUUGCAGACAAGAAACUUGUGCAAUAACCACGUUUCCAUCCACAGUUUUUAUGCGAGUAAAGUCAUAGUGUAUAAAAAAACCAAGACAGCAGUGAUGGAAACAGGAAUUUUCGGUACAAUUUUAUAAAUGCCAACAGACCAUUUGUUCGUUCGAUGUGGUGGGAUAUUUUUGUGUUGGUAAAAUGUAUGAUGUGAGAAAUGCCAGUGAAAACUCCUUUAUGCACAAAUAUUGAUAAGAAGAAACCAUGCAUUUUAUUAG